UUGAUUGUUCCGUUGGUGAACGAUUGUUUCUCGUCCUUUGAGCUGGCGUUUUCUUGCGUUUCUUCUCUCUCCUAAGCUUCUCUCUUUGUUCUCGUAAACCUUCGUUCUCCCUGUCUCGGAUGUCGAUUUAAAUGUAGAUCCUUUGCCCUCCUCUAAUCCCCCGCCACGUUCCUCGGUCCUGCGGCCCACUCCCACGCUGCUCUGACAGUAGAUCCGCCCCAAGCUAGCACCUUCGUUGACCUGCGCAAGCACUAUAUUUUGUUGCAUAAACCUCUAUUCACCCUUAUUGUAUAUUACGUGACACGUUCGCUACUGUCCAUUUUGUCUCGAUACCAACCAAUGGCCACUGUGGCAGCUCAUGCUAAUUCCCAGCCAAACGGUGGUUUGAUUGACCCUACCAAGCAAGCGGAAUACCCCAUUCUCCUGGGCGACAAAUUGGCUGGGAAGGGACAAUCUAAUACAAAUAGAUUCAUUGGCAUUACAUAUAACCAUAAGGGCAAGUCGGCUUCUCGACAUCAAAAGGCGACAAUCACUGCGACGGGCUCCUCCCAGCAUCUCUACAAGCUCACACUCCAAGACAAAUCCCACAGUGCAGAACAGACAAAUCUUAUACACACAUACCAUGGCAGCGUUGAUCCUGCAUCCCUAGUGUCCGAAUCAGAGACCAGCAACUUGGUCCUGGUGUUUGACCCAGAGCGAAGAGCGUUUGUUCUCGAGCCUGUGUCGACCAGAUUGAAUUUCAACCUUCAAUCCGCGCCUGGGAAAUCUACUCAACAAGUCAUAGAACAAUACCCGCAGCUUAGUGUUCUCUCUGGGGAAGAUCAAACAUCUGGCGAUGACCAAUUACAGGAGGGACAUGGUGAGGAUGAUGCCCAAGGUGCGGCGGAUGAAAGCAAUCCAUAUGAUUUUCGUCACUUUCUUCCAAAGCCUAAAACUGAACGCGAGGCACCUGAGACCACUACCCCCGAUGCACAUCAAACUCCUCGGAAUCAUGCAAAUUCACAUUUAGCACCACCACCUGUCACCAGUGUGAGACCAAGACCAAAGCCGCCAGCUAAGGCGAAGCCUCAAACAAACCCGCUUCGACAACAGAAACGACAACCGAAAGCGACGGCUGCAGACAAAGGAUCGGCGAAGCCUAAACCUAAAUCUGCCCCCCGCGUCGAAGAAGUGGACCUCGGCCUCGAUUCUUCCUCCUCAGACAGAGAAGAAACUACAGCACAGAGAGCGAAUGAAAAUAAGCCAGCACAAGCAGCUAAAUCUCCUGGGGCGAAUAUAAUUGUUGAUGGCGAUUUAAUUAUCGAUAUGGGUUCUCCACCCCCUGCCCGUCCAGCCUUCAAAAUAAAUCCUCGACAUUUCUCGUCGAACAAUACCUCUGCGAAUGAAGCGGACUACGACAGUGAUGACGAGGGAGAGAUAGAAGACUUGAGAUUACCGUCUCCCGCAGGCACCACAACUCAAGCUCACAAGGACUACAAGGAGGAUGAGGAAGAGGACGAGGAUGAGGAGGAGGAAGAAGAGGAUGAGGAACCGGAAGGAAAAGGAGAAAGCGUAGAACAGGAUGAAGUUAUAGACGAUGAUGAUUUGGCUGCUGAGAUGGAAGCGGCUUUUGAAGAGAGUGCAAGAGAGGAGGAGCAAGAGAGGGCCCAGAGGUUAUUGCAACAACAGCAACAGAUGCAACACCACAUUGUGAGUGACGAUGAAAGCGAAGUAAGCGAGGAAGAGUAAGUACAUUAUCAUACACAUUUAUAAGAGCCAUCGGCUUCUGUUCACAGUAUUUUUAUACUAUUUUGGGGUUCUUUUCCUUUUUUUCCUUGUUGGAAGAGCAGAGCGAACGUGUUUCUUUACUCUUCAAGGAUUUAAAAAAACAAUGAUAGACAAGUCGUUUGUAUAAUAUACGUUUGUUGUACUCCUCAAAUAUCCCACCAGUGUGUUCCACGCAUCUAAUGCUCCGUCACGGAGACGACGGAACAACAAUAAUCCGAUACAUCCCAAAUUCACACGCUGCCCACCGAGCAAUAUAUCACGUCAAAU